AUGGGCUGGUUCCCCGUCGGCCUCGAAGGCGACGAAAACAAAUGGCGCUUCGACAUCAUCCCCCUGCUGGCCGUGAUCGGCAGUUCGGCCAUCCAAAAACACAUGCAAGCCAUCACGGCCUCUCCCUUCGCCAUUUUCCCCCGCUUAAUGCCCGCCCCCGAAUCCCUCCUCGACACGGACCGCCCAACCCGACCCCCCUCCGUCAAAGACGUGAAAAUCAUCGGAGUCAAAUCCGGCAUCGAACUCGACGAACUCAACUUCUUCGCCAACCUCAUCCACAACGUCGAAGACAUGGAAAAGUACGAAUUCCGAGUCUACAAAAUCCGCUACGCGAUGAGUGAUUCCGAGGCCGGAAUGCACUUGAACAUACCCUCCUCCAAGCUCGAAACCCCCCAUCCGCACCGAUCAACCCGACACCGCAUCCCCAUCAAACUCCGCACCCUCUGCUGGCUCAACGUCGUCACCCUCAUCUCCAUCCUCAUCACCCUCGGCCUCUUCAUCUGGGCCGGCUGCAUCCACGACGGCACCGCCCUCGUCGGCCUCGCCACCAUGUCCUGUUCCACCAGCGUCGCGAGCCUCUCCGCCCGCUGGUACCCACGCCUCUCCGUCCGGACCACCUCCGCCGAAGUCCCCAGCGGGGACAUCAUCAUCCGCACCCGCUCGGGGGCCUUCAUCCUCGUCUACGGCGACGACAACGUGAUCCGCGAACUCUACGAAGGCCUGGAAGACUGCGAAUACAUGUACAAAGGCAAGAAACACCAUCGCCUCCUCGGCACCAGCACCGUCCUCCUCAUGGCCUCCAUCAUCCUCCUCAGUAACUGUGGCUCCGAGAUGCAGAUCGCCAUCGGCGUCGCGUACAUCAUCCUGAACAGUCUCUACUGGCUCUUAGCAUUAUUAGUCGAGCCGCGCGAUCUGUGGGAUAUGAGUCGGUAUGAGAUUGAGUUCGUGGAGUCCAGGCUGGGCGGGAGUUAUACCGAGACGUUAUGGCAGGUGAUUAAUCUGUCGGGGAGCGUGGAGUGGGUGAAGAAUGGGGAGUUUGUGCCUUCGACGGAGAAGUGGGAGGAGUGGUUGAAGGAGGCGGGGGAACAUGUCGGUGGGGAGUGGGAUGCCGUGAGGAGGAAGGAUGAGUUGAUGAAUCCGGGGGUGAUGUUUCGGAAUGGGAGGUGGGUGGUUUGAUAUUCUGUUGGAUAAUUGUGGAAUGGUUAAGAGUGAUUCUAUACGACUAAUU